CCCCUGCCAGGUUUCUGAGCUGGGAUGCUGAUUAACUCUUAGGAGUUGAAGGAAUGUAAAGGGUGGCUGUCUCCUACCCAGCACCUCUCCUGCUCCGCUGCUGGAGCCCAGCCUGGGGAAUCUGGAGUUUCUCAAGCUGAGAGAUGCAGCUGCCGCUUUCCCAUUUGCAGGUUCAACCAGUAGCAAAGCUGACUGUCCAUCCUGGAGCAGAGACACAGGCAGCACACACUUGCAGCACUCACAUAAACACAAGCACAGCCAGCCAUGUCCCCUCCUGCUCUUUGUCUGGCAGAGACAGGUCAUUCCUGCCAGCACACACUGCAUUUUCCAGGUUCACAAGUACACACACAUUCAUGGAUCCCUUGGGUACCAGCAUGGCCCCUCUCUCCUGCAAAUGUGCCUGGAUCCAAGCCCUUCUACCAGUCUCAGGGAUCCCCCUGCUCAUCAGUUUGUUAAGCCUGAUGCUUGCUAGUAAACCUGUGGCACUUUUGUUCCACAGUCCACAGUCACACAUCCCUUGGGACUUCCAGCACCAGCCCCCACCCACCUCAUACCUCGGUCUGGACCCAGGACCUCCUCCUUGCUCUUCCAGCAUGAGUUACAGGCACAGCAGGGUUGGGAAAGGUGCAGACACUCACCCUUUCCCAGUGGCCCCAGGCACUGCAGUCCUGCUUCAGCUUCUCACUUGCCUCCCUUCCAGCAGCUGUCCUUCAGAACACACACUGUUCUCUCCCUAGUGGCUGAUGACUGAGGAUCCUGCCAGCUCCAGGCACUGGCACUGGACAGACCCUUGCACUUGCCCCAGUAGCUAGCACGUCAGGCCAGGGACUCCUACACCCCUGAUCAGACCUGAGUCAUUUGAUCUGGGUCAGCUGUACACCAGCCUUCCUGAUAACUGGCAUUCCAGGCUCAAAUCUGUGAUUUGAUCCAGGGAGUGAUGGCACCUCCAGCUGUCACUCACUCCCCUGACUGACUCCACAGGGCUCCCACAGCCCCAGUAAGGCUCCAGUUUGUGGUACCAAAUGCCACUCGUGCAGGUCUCACCAGCAGCUGGCACUGAGCCUUUGCAGCACACACACAGAGUAGAGAGAGACUUAGUAAAGAUUCAGUAAGAAAGUAGGACAAACUGUGUCAAUCAGGUACAGGACUGUCAGACAAACACACUGACCAGCUGUGGUUUAAACAUGACUGGCCCCCUUUAUAGCCCUUUCUCUGCACUCCCUUUUGUGUUCCUUGCCAAUUCCAAUUAAUCAGAUAAUCUUACUGAAAAAUAAUCAUUCUCACAUGCCAGAUGUCCUUAUUAAUUGUUGUCCAGAUGUCCUUACUUAUUGUUAUGACUGACCAGAUUUGUUUCUCCUCACUGCAUCCAUUAGCAUUUGUCGGUCAGGUUUGUGAUUCUUUAUGUUCUUGUUUAUGGCUUCCUUCCUACUUUGACUUUUUGCAGUGAAAAUGUCCUUGACUGGAUACACUUAGAGGAACAGACAAUCUCCUUCCUUUCUUGCAAUGAAGACCAGUGCCAAAGGGCUUGACACACCCCUGGUGGGUAGAGGCUGGUCCUCACCCAGUUCUCUCAUUUAGGAGGGGCUGCCAUGGCUUGGAAGUGCCUGAUGAGUUUUGGGUGCACCUGGAAGGUUGCUGGCUGUGGUGUAUCCCACAGGAGAUCCGGCUUUCCCUGUCCUAGUGCCCAAGUUCAUGCAGCUCUGAAGUGGAGCAGAUGAGGGGCUGAUUCAGGUUAAAACUUGACUUCUCUUCUUCCCUGGGAUCCUGUUCUGGAAUCAGUUAUUUGGGGCUGCUGCUUUGUGAGAAUCUCUCAGGUUUAGGGGUAGAAAAAAUACACCAUGGAGCAAAAUGUUGCCAGUCCAGAGGAAGGGACAGAAGGUGGAGCAGGUGACACUGAGCAGCAAAGCUGUUCCUUCCCUGCAGCUCUGUGUGUCACAGGGAGGUGGGGUGAGGGUUGUCUUUCUGGGGCCUGAAGAGUUGUUGUUGUUGUUGUUGCAGGAAUCUGGUGCCAUGUGCUGCUGUCCCUGAGCCAGCAGGAUGGCAUUGAGCAGCACAUGGACUUUGACAGCCGCUGCACCUUGCUGGAGCUGUUUGCUGAGAUCACGUCCUCUGCAGAGCACUGCCUGUCCUUCGAGGGGAUUCACCUCCCGCAGAUCCCUGGGAAGCAGCUGUUUGUGCUGGUGAAGCGCUACCUGUGCGUGACUUCUCUGCUGGACAAGCUGAGCAGUGGCGUGGAGCAGGGAGAGGAGCAGCAGGGCUGUGCUGUGCCCAGCCCCGUCCCUGAGGAGAGGAGCCGUGUGAAGCAGGAGUUUGAGUUCAGCAUGGCCAUGGCAAACCUCAUCUCGGAGCUGGUGCACGUGAUGGGCUGGAGCCACAGGCACAAGGCAGAGCCGCUGCGCCAGCGGGCCCCGCGGCCUCGCCCUGCCCGCUCCAUCUUCCAGCACAAGACCCCGGCCAGCGCUGCUGCCGAAGCAGCCCCCGCGUCCCCAGCAAAGGAGCCCGUGACCUUCAAGACGCGCUCGGCCUUCCCGAGCCGCAGCAGCUACGUGGAGUACGUGCAGGCCACGCUGGCGAGCGGCAUGCGGGUGCGCAUGCUCGAGGACUACGAGCAGGUCAGCGCCGGCGACGAGGGCGAAUUCCGCCGCAGCAACGACGGCAUGCCCCCGGUGCAGGUGUACUGGCAAGCGCUGGGCUGUACCUACUGGGUUCACUGGCACAUGGUCGAGAUCAUCGGCCCUUCAGAACGAAAGGAGCUUGAGGGCCAGGAGAAGGUGAACAUCCUGACACGAAACCACAGACUGAGAGCAGUUCCACAGCCAUUCCUGUGCAAGCCCUUGGGGGGGCUGUACUCCCUGCCUUACCUGGGGCAGCGGCUGCCCAGGGCUGCAGACACACUGAGCCGUGCCGAGUGGUGGGAGCUGCUCUUCUUUGUGAGGAAGCUGGAAGCACAGGAGCAGAAAGAGAUCACCUGUCUCAUCCAGGAGCACCAGGGAGAGCAGGUGGAUGAAGAAGCCCUGGUGCAGCUGUCGGUGCCUGCGGAGCUGGCCCAGAAGGUGCUGCAGGUCCUGGAGAAGCGGUGCCAGGGCAGCUCUCUGCGUGACCUGCGUGGCUCCCGUGUCUACGCCAGACACUUCCUGGGGAGGGGGGCAGAGCAGGAUGGUGGAGGGAGCACCCCAGAGUCCUCAGAGGGUGACAGGAGCACAGACCCUGAAGGCACGAUGGCCAAGGCAGCGGAGGGAGACCUUUCUGCAGCCCCAGGGCCGCCCCAAGGCCGCGGUGUGGCAGUGAAGUCGGAUUCCCAGCUGUUCAGCGAGCUCUUGGAGAGGGAAGGGCUGUUCCUGCCAGAGGUGACGGAGGAGCAGAGCCAAGCGCUGGGCAGCUGCGAGGGGCUGAGCGAGAGCGGCUCGCUGGCCAAGGUUGCAGCUGUGGUGGAGGUGAUCCAGAGCAGCAGCUCGGCGGUGGGGCUGCGCUUAGCUGGGCUCAAGCACAUGCUGAAGAUGCUGGAGGAGGAGCCCAGGUCGGAGCAGCAAGUCGGCACAGCCCAGGGCGGGCUGGGCAUCGGGAGCGCUGGGGAGAAGCUGGUGCAGGUGUCAGUGGAGCUGCUGAGCACGGAGGUGUCGGAGAAGGCGCUGGUGGCGGUGACGCUGCGGCUGCUGGCCGUGCUGCUGGCCCCGAGCUACGAGUGGCGCGUGCCCUUUGCCACGGAGGGCGGCGUGCGGGCCGUGCUGGGCUGCAUGCAGCAGCACGGCUGCUCGGCCCUGGUGCAGCAGGCCGGGCUGGCGGCCCUGAAGGUGCUGGUGGGAGCUGCGGACGCUGAGCCGGGAGGCGCCGGCGGGAAGAGCUUGCCCUGGAACCACGGCGACGCGCAGAUGAUGCGGGAGAUCUUUGCCAGCAUCGGCUCUGCCUCCAGCAAGGGCUGUGCCAGCCUGCUGAGUAGCAUCCCUGCUGCCCUGAGCACCAUGCAGAGGGUCCCAGGGGGCUCCUCAGGGGUGCAGAACGGGCUGCUGGUGGUGAACAUGCUGAUGGACGGGCACCGGGGCCUGGCGGAGCAGCUGGCCAGCUGCGGUCUGCUGGCGGUGCUGCAGAGCUGCUGGAGGGCCGGGCAGAGCAGCGGCUGCCCCCAGGCAGUGCUGGCCCUCAGCGCCAUCAAUCGGCUGGCAGAGCACGGGCUGCCCCUGGGCCCGGAGGCAGCAGGCACAGAGCUCCUGCUGGACCCCAAGGGCGUGCAGAUGCUGCUGGGUGGCCUGGACGACGGCGUGCUGUCCAAGGAGGUGGUGGUGGCCCUGGAGCGGCAGCUCUGCAGCCAAGGCCCUGCUCCCUCUGGCCAGGUGGCCCAGCUGCUGCAGGACCACAGCUGCUUCAGGCUGCUGCUGCGCAGCUUGGAGCUGCUGGGGACAGAGAAGGCCGUGAGCCUGAGCAUCCUCAGGAUCCUGAACAAGUUCCUGGACAGUUACCAGGAGGAUGUGCUGCCCUGGCAUGAGUGUGUGGAGCCCUGCGUGUCCUUUCUGAUCACCCACAGCAGCAGCUGGGAGGUGCUGCAGGAGGUCGUUGGCUGCCUGCACCGCCUGGGCAGUGCCAGCAAGGACUGUGUGGUGGUGAUGUGCCACGUGGGCACCCACGAGGCUCUGUCCAAAGCCCUGGAAAAGCACAGCACGGUCCCGUCGCUGGCGCCGGCCCUGCUGCAGCUGGUGGCAGAGUGUGAGAAGUACGCCAGCCUCUACAAGAAGCUGACGAGCAGCAUCUUGGCUGGCUGCAUCCAGCUGGUCCUGGGCCAGAUUGAGGAGCACCGCCGGAGCCACCAGCCCAUCAGCAUCCCCUUCUUUGAUGUCUUCCUGCACAACCUGUGCCAAGGCUCCAGCAUGGAGGUGAAGGAGGACAAGUGCUGGGAGAAGGUGCAGGUCUCUUCCAACUCGCACCAGGCCAGCAAGCUCACGGACAGGAACCCCAGGACCUACUGGGAGUCGAACGGCAGCACCGGCUCCCACUUCAUCACUGUGCACAUGCAGUGUGGAGUGGUGAUCAGGGAGCUGAGCAUGCUGGUGGCCAGCGAGGACUCCAGCUAUAUGCCAUCGAGGGUGGUGGUGCUGGGCGGGGACAGCCCUGCCAGCAUCAGGACGGAGCUCAAUGCGGUGACCAUCCUGCCCUCGGACAGCAGAGUGAUCCUGCUGGAGAACAUGAGCCGCUUCUGGCCCGUCAUCCAGAUCCGGGUGAAGCGGUGCCAGCAGGGUGGCAUUGACACACGUGUGCGUGGCAUCGAGGUGCUGGGUCCCAAGCCCACCUUCUGGCCCAUCUUCAGGGAGCAGCUGUGCCGGCGGACGUUCCUCUCCUGCACCGCUCGGGCUCACGCCUGGAGCCAGGAGAUCUGCCGAGACCGGGGGCGGCUGCUGCAGCUCUUUGGCAGGCUGAACCGGGCGCUGCAGCACGAGCAGGGCUUUGCCAACCGCUUCCUUCCCGACGACGAGGCAGCCCGGGCUCUGGGCAGGACGUUCUGGGAGGCCCUGGUGAACCCCUUGGUGCAGAGCAUCACCAGCCCAGACCCCGAUGGUGUCAGUCCCCUGGCCUGGCUGCUGGGUGAGUACCUGGAGAGCGUGGAGCUGCCCCGCCGUGCCUCGGGACGCGGGGCUGCCUUUGGAUCCUGCGUGCGGCGCCUGACCCAGCUCCUGGUGCACGUGGAGCCCGGCGGCCCCGAGCCAGAGGAGAGCAGAGCAGCUGGUGGGAAGCAGAGGAGGAACAAGGAGGUGCCGGCCAGGACUGCAAAGGUGGUGGUGGAGAAGUCGAGAGGCCUGUGGGGAAUCUCGCAGUGCUGGCGUGGCGUGGUGCAGCAGCAGGUGCAGCGGUUCCUGGAGGCGGCGGGGCAGGCGCCGGACCUUGCGGAGCGCUACUGCCGGCUGUACCGGCGGCUGCGCGGGGCCACGGAGGAGCUCUUCGGGCAGCAGGCCGCCUUCGUGCUGGCCCUGGGCCAGGGCUUUGCGGGGGCUUUGCUGCAGCUCUCCUUCCUGACUGCCCUGCACGUGAGCGAGCAGUUUGCCCGCUACCUUGACGUGCGGAUCCAGGAGCUGCGCAGGGCUGCGGGCAGCACGGGGCCUCUGGAGCGGCUGCAGCAGUUCCUGGAGCCCUUCGUCGUCUUCAGUGGCCUGGAGUUUGCCCACACCUUUGAACACUUCUACAGGCACUACCUGGGGGACCGGCUGCUGACACAAGGGCCAUCUUGGCUGGAAGGAGGCAUCGUGGAGCAGAUCGGGCUGUGCUUCCCCAGCCGCUUUCCCCAAGAUAUGCUGAGCAACUUGGCCGAGUCGGAGGAGCUCCAGCGGCAGUUCUGCCUCUUCCAGCUGCAGGAGCAGGACAAGCGGCUGCUGGAGCUGGACACGGGCCCGGACGAGGUGCUGGGACCAGCUGCAGUGGCAGACGUGCCAGAGGUGAAGGUGCUGGCCCUGUCCCCGCGCUGCUGGCCCGUUUCCCCGCUCUGUUACAUGGAUAACCCUGGGAGGUUUUUCCCGGCAGUGCUGAGCUCCCCACUGGAUGAGUUUGCUGACUUCUGCCGGCAGAGCCAGAGCCAGCUGGGCUGGGAGUGCACGAAGCCCCGUCGGCUGCAGUGGACGUGGCUGGGCCACGCCGAGCUGCAGUUUGGAGACUGCGUCCUGCACGUGUCCACGCUGCAGAUGUACAUCCUGCUGUGCUUCAACAGCGCCCAGGAGGUGGCUGUGGAGGCCCUGCUGCAGGCUACGGGGCUCCCUGCUGACCUGGUGCACCACGCGCUGACCCCGCUGACCCACGGCCAGGGCGUGCUGGUGGGGAGCUGCACUCCAGGGGCGCUACCUGCGGACAGAGAGGGCCGAGGUGAGCGCCCUGGAGAGGAAGAGGAACGUCCUGUGCUGCCUCAUCAGCCGCGUCCUCAAGGUGGAGAAGCAGCUGCACAUCGACAACCUGGUGUUCAGGGUGAUCGAUGCCUGUCAGAAGGGCCAGCUGGGCCCAGGGGUGCGGUUCCUGAGCUUCUGCUGCCACAGCGUGGACGUGCUGUCCUGCAUCCUGCACCUGCUAAAUCAGGGCUAUCUGCGCCGCCAGGAGGGGAGGCCUCAUGUCCUGGAAUACAUCUCUGCUGAAGCCACAACGCUCCCCACUUCUCAGGUCCAGCCACAGGUUGCCUUCCAUACUGUAGAGAUCAAGACAGCAGCAAACCUGGCCUCUGCUGAAAGGAGACAGACAUUUUCCACGUUCAGGUAGACGAGGACCUGGCUGGGAGAACUCAGGUUGAAUCCAGUCUGUCUCUUCCUAAACACGUGUGAGUUUUAUUUAAAUAAAUGAGCCAAGCUCCA